AUGUGGAUUAGUAUUUAUAGCUUCGAAAUUAUAUAAACUGUUCAUACCAAAUUGAUAAACAGUUUCUAGAAAAACGUUUCGAAGAGAGAUAAAAUCAUCAUGCGAACUCUUAUCGUCUUAUUCGCGGUUUUAGCCGUGGCUAUCGCUAACCCUCUACCGCUCGUGCAGCUUAUUGUGAACAUCGAAGCACAAGAACCCGGCAGUCCAAUCAUACCCAGACCUAUCCCAGAAGACACAGAACUAGAAGUGAUCCCUCCGGAUCAGAUCCAGCUGCCGCACCCUCAACCCAACCCAUCACCGGUGGUUCUACCAGAGCCAGUGAUUCCUGGAGGUAUCGUGCCCGAACCUGUGCAGCUGCCGGCGCCUGUCAUCCCAGGAGUCAUCCUUCCUGCGCCGCUUCCGCAACCCGUGUUCCCAGAUGUCAUUAUACCAGUACCCGUUAUUGCCCCAUAACUUCUAAAAUAUAGUUGACUUUGAAUCUGAGUAUAUAUAUUUUAUCA